AGCUCUUACGUUGUUGCGGCGUCUUCUAUCCACAAAAAACCCCCCCUACGAAGAUGAAUUGGGAGAAGCUCAUGAAAAUGGCCAGUGCCGUUCGCACUAGUGGAAAGGGGAGCAUGCGAAGAAAGAAGAAGGCUGUUCACAAGACCACAACAACAGAUGACAAAAGGCUUCAGAGCACCCUGAAGAGAAUAGGGGUGAAUGCAAUCCCAGCCAUUGAGGAAGUCAAUAUCUUCAAGGAUGAUGUUGUCAUUCAAUUUCAGAACCCAAAAGUGCAAGCCUCAAUCGCUGCCAAUACAUGGGUGGUUAGCGGUUCUCCUCAGACGAAAAAGCUUCAGGAUCUACUACCUAGGAUCAUCAAUCAAUUAGGGCCUGACAACUUGGAUAAUCUAAGGAAGCUUGCAGAGCAAUUCCAGAAGCAGGCACCAGGUGUCGUCCCCACAGAGGCAGAUGACGAUGAUGAUGUGCCAGAGCUUGUACCUGGAGAGACAUUUGAAGCAACCGCAAAUGAUGGCAAAGCUUCUCAAGAGUUUUCAAUGGAGUUUUUAUUUUUCAUUUUUACCUACCUUGUUAAGUUUUUAUUACUAUUGCUCGAAAUACUGAAGAAAAAAGGCAGGUAUUUUGGUGUUGUUAGAAACCAUGGUAGAGUUUCUACGGUUCAAUUCAACGGUUCGGAUCUACGGUUCGGUUCAAUGGUUCGGAUCGGUUCUACAGAGCCCUAA